CUACACAACCUCUCCAACCUCGAGAUCCUCCCUCAAAUCCUCUGCGAGGGGAUCCUCUUCGCCGGCGCCGGCGCCGCCCUCCUUCUCCAAGCCGCCCACCCAGGCAUCAACACCGUCUUCGCAACCCCCGAAAACGAACCCAGCCACAGCCGCAGCCUCGCCCACAACCUCACCCAAACCUUGAAAACCACCCUCCAGCAAAUCGCCCUCCUCGUCUUCGGCAUGUCUCACGAAAAAGCAAUCCUGCUCACGCAACUCCACCCUCCUACUACGGGUGGCAUUCCAUCCUCGACCCUCAAGACCCCAUCCCCAAGAAUAACCCGCCCGCACACCCUCCUCUGGCUAACGGCGACCCUCUACACAACAGCCACAGACCUCUACCAACGCACCUACGGCCCCAUCGACUACCACACCGCCGAACGCGCCUACACGGAGUUCACGCUGGUGCUGCAGGCCCUCACCCUCGGGGAGCUGUGGCCCGCGACCCGCCAGGGGUUCUGGGAGUACUGGGACGGGCAGAUGGCGCGGUUGGCGGUGACGGCGGAGUCGCAUCGGGUGGCGCGGGAGGUCCUGCACCAGAGCCCCCUCGUGGCGGACCUGUUUCCGCGGUGGAUGGCGGGGGUGAUGAAGCCCGUGUUCCGCGGGGUGACGAUCGAGCUGCUCCCGCCGCGGGUGCGGGUGGCGUACGGGCUGAGGUCGUCGGCGGGGUCGAGGGGGUGGUAUCGCGGGGUGAUGGCGGGGUUUGGGGGCGCGGUGUAUCCUGCGUUGCCGGGGUGGGUGCGGGCCUAUCCUUUGAGGGUCUGUUUGGGGGAGUGGAGG